AUGUCUUCCAGCUCCGGCGCUACUCACAACACCACUGGUAACACGAACGCUGGAAACGAAGAUUACCUAGACCGCGGCCUCGAUUCUGUGGAGAAGAAGUUCGGAGGCUCCAUGGGUCAGGAUGCCAACAAAAACCGAGGGAUUAAUGAGAAGAUCACCGACGGCGCCCGGGAUAUGUUUGAGAAGACGACAGGGAAGAAUGUACCAACGAAGUUCUCCAACUAA